AUGUCAAACAUAUUUGCAGUGAUUUUGCAAACGCUAUGUGUAAAGUUGGGAACAAUAACGGGUCUAGACCUAGCUGAAAUGUGUCGAUUAAACUUGACUCCCAAAUGGAAUUUGUUUAUGUAUUUGUGUGCCGAGAUAGCCAUAAUCGCCACUGACUUGGCAGAAGUGGUUGGGACGGCGAUAUCGUUGGAGAUCUUGUUUGGCAUUCCCUUGCUAUAUGGUGUGCUCAUUACUGUUCUUGAUGUAUUGAUUGUCUUGAUGGCAUAUCACAAGGACGGCUCUUUAAAGCAAACCAAGGUGUUUGAAAUCUUGGUGUCCAUUUUAGUCAUGGCCACUUGCGUUUGUUUCAUCUUGGAGUUGUUCAGGUGCCCGUUUGAACCUGGCGCUGGUUGGGAAAUCUUUAAAGGAUUUCUUCCGGUGAACAAGGAAAUCUUUAAAGAGAAGAAUGCAUUGUUCUUGAGUUGUGGAAUUGUGGGAAGUACAGUCAUGCCACACUCGUUGUUCCUUGGGUCAGCUUUGGUGCAACCGAGGUUGAAGGAUUUCGAUGAAAAGCAUGGCUUAAAAGAAGUUGUCUUUAUUGGUUCGGAUAAUGCGCAGUUAAGCGCCAUCAAUCCCAACGCCCCAAAUGAGACGUCAGAAGACCUUGCACCUACCCCAAUGUCAAGAUUGAGAAGCUUGUCCAAUGGGUCCAUGCUUGUAACGAAAUACAAGCCAUCAUAUGAAGCAAUAAAAUACUGCCUAAACUACUCAUACGCUGAGUUGAUCUUGUCGUUGUUUAUUGUUGCUGUGUUUGUCAACUCUGCAAUAUUGAUUGUGGCCGGGGCCACACUUUACGGAAAACCCGAUGCUGCCGACGCCGACUUGUUAUCCAUAUACGAAAUGUUGUCGCGGUACAUAUCACCCGCUGCAGGUUUGUUGUUUGCUUUGAGUAUGUUGUUUUCUGGUCAAAGUGCUGGGAUUGUUUGUACCAUGGCGGGCCAAAUUGUAUCUGAGGGUUUCAUUAAUUGGACAAUUGCUCCUUGGAAAAGAAGAAUAAUGACUAGAAUAAUUGCAAUCGUGCCUGUUGUAAUUGUCAUUGGCAUUCUUGGUCGAGAAGGUGUCAAUAAAGUCAUGAAUUCGUCGCAGGUUGUGCUCAGUUUCAUCUUACCAAUCGUUAGUGCACCCUUGAUUUACUUUACUUGUAAAAAGAAGUACAUGGUGGUUCACAAAACUAGCAGCGUACUGGACGAAACUAGUCCAUUACUCACAUCCAGUCAGGACAACACCGAUGUGUCAAAAACAAUCACGUACGAGAAUGGAACAUUCCUACAAAUCACGAGUAUCCUUACAUGGAUUAUCAUUACAGCUCUAAAUAUCUACUUGAUCAUUGCGUUUGCUAACGGAGCAGACAUAUAA